AUGUUAUCAUCCUUGCCUGUUUUGAGCGUGUGGUUUGCAUUGAGAUAUAAGAGAAGACACUUCAAGAACGAUCGGAUAGAAAUGUUGAUACUGUUGCUUGUUGGCAAUGCAUUAAGAACCGUUUGUUCUACACAUAUCAGAUUGCUUUAUAUCAUUCCAAUCUAGAAUCAUCAUCAUCCUAAAAAGAUGUUUCUUUGUCUUCCAUUCGUAGCCAUAGUGGUUAGUGUUAAGUUAGAAUUUAGCUAUGAACACACAUUAGUCGGUUAUACAUUCCUUCUUCUUGUUUGGUUGUCAACUCAUCACCAGGUAGGUAAAGUCCAUUAGGUCUAGAAGAAUCAUAGUUACUCCAAAACCUGGAUUAAUCCAUCUGAUAGUGUGAUCGUCAAUUAGAAUGAUAAGUUCGAUCUCGUGGUCAAUCGCUAAGGCAAAAUGAUAUCAUAAACAUCAGCUCAACGUAAACUGUUGGGCACUGAUGAUCCUAUCCUUAUUUAAUAAAUACUCCAGGAGAUUAUCAUCCAUAAGCUAGACAAAUAAUUCAAGAAAUGCAAAAUUGCCACUCUCUUCUAAUUGAUAGAAACCACAGAUCUUAUCAAAUGUAAAGUUUUGGAUUGUUCUACACCUUUUGGAGAUAAUUUUAUGAUUGAAUUGACCAUCAUUCAUGACAAUGUAGGUUUGAACUUCUUAGACUUGUUUGAAUUAAAAGAUUAUUGGGAAAGGAAGGUUACUAAGUAACUGAUGAAUCAACUGUUUCGUAGUUUUAGUCACGAAUUUAGCACCUCAUUGAAUUGUAUAAGGAUACUAGCAGAAAAUGCCAUUGAAGAUAUCGAUGAUGAUUAUAUUGUCAAUACUUGUAUCUAACCCGUUUUGAAUUCAUGUUACAUUCUCAACUCCAUAGUUCAAGAUGUCAGAGAUUUCAGUUUGAUCUUGUCUAAGAAUUUUGUACUCACCAUUCAGACACAAAACAUUUACUUACUCAUUCAUGAAGUAGCUGAAUUGUAUAGAUAACAACUCAAUAUGAAAGGUGUUGAACUCAAUGUUAAGAUGAAUGAAUUCCAGAUUCACACAGAUGGCCAAAGAUUUAAAUAAGUACUCAAUAAUCUAUUGUCCAAUGCCUAAAAAUUCACAUUCUCUGGAAGUGUUACCAUCGAUGUUUAACAAUAGACUAUUCAUGAACAAGAGUUUAUUAAGGUUAGUGUCUAAGAUACAGGCUCUGGGAUGGAUUACAACACUUAGAAUCGAUUAUAAGAGUUCCUAAAAUAACCACAUAAACGCAAGUCCAAUCUUAAUUAUGGUCUAGGUCUAAUGAUCAGCAAUACUAUUUGUAAAGGCCUAUCUCCCAAUUAUGAAUCUGGUAUACAUUUUCAAUCCAAUCAUAAGACUGGCUCUACUUUUUGGUUCUUCUUAUAGGAUCUCAAAACUCUGGAUAUACCUGAAGUUGUUAGCAGGAGAACCAUCAAAUACAAUAAAAUGGUCAGUUAAGGUAAAAGCAUCUUAGAAUAAAGUUUUCUCAUUAGUCCCAUUGAUAAUAAGAAAUAAUCAUCUUUUACAUUCUCAUUAUAAGGAAAAUAAAAGUUAAUUGACAAAUAAUCAGAAAAUUUUUCCGAACCAGAUGAUGCCAUUUGUGCUCCUUAUGUUUUCAGAGAAGGACCCAAGAAACCAAAAAAACAUAGAUAUCCUCAAAUUGAUCAAGUUGUCAGCGAAUAUGCUGAAGAAAGAGCCAAAAUCCUUAUAGUUGAUGAUGAAUUUGUUAAUAUCUAUGCACUAACUACUAUGUUAACAAGAUUAAACAUUAAGUGUGAUUCAGCACAUAAUGGUAAAGAAGGCUUAGAAAAAUUCAAACAAUACUAAUAUCAAGUUAUUCUUAUGGAUAUCGAAAUGCCUAUCAUGAAUGGUAUCUAAGCCACUCAACAAAUAAUAGAAUUUUGUCAUUAAGUAGAUCUAGACCCUCCAAUUAUUAUUGCCUAAACAGCUUAUACUGAUAUGUAGACCAAACAAACAUGUAAGGAAGUGGGAAUGGAUUAUUUCUUAUAAAAACCUAUUAGUACAAAUGAGAUUAAAUAAAUUCUAUAAACUAUUUAGUUAACUUUAUGA